AUGCGGGUGUUCCACCACAGGCCCCACUGCUGCAGGCAGCGGGAAGGAGCUAACCAACUGUCAGACACCUUCUACUCCAAUGAAGUGCACACUCCAUUGCAAACACCUGCUCGCCCGACUGCCUCCGAGGACGGGUAUCAGCAAAUGAGGGAGUCGCUCCAACAACACAGGCAUCCAUGGGGAGCCGACAAGGAAUAUGGUGGGAUGGUACCCAUCUCACUCCCUGAAGAACACAGGCCAAAAGGGGAACCUCCCCAUGCCAUGGGCAAGGGACAUCAGCACUAUGGGUUUGGUGGAGAUACCUGGCCAAGAAGGCUUCCUGUUGAACAGUUCUAUCAUUUGACACAGAACAGAAAAAGUGACAUCUAUGGAAAUGAUUCUUUGUUGCCGAAACCACCUAAUUCAGCAGUAGGUGAAAUCUACUCCCCGUACCCAGUUGAACAUCCCUAUCACACACACAUCUGUCGAGGUGCCAUGUUCCCAACCUUUACGUCACCUAAGGAUCGCUACACUGGCAUUAACGCCCGAAGCCACCAGCCAUUUCCUCCCACUGUGCCAACGAAGCCUUAUGAUACACUGAUUUUGAAGACAAAAGGUAAUCCUUACAGACAUGAACUGGUUGAUGUUCCUAUGGAUUCAAAGAAGAAAGCCUUGAUUUGGCCAGGUCAGGGUGUGUAUUAUGAUUUUCCUAAAGGUGUUGAGAAAAACAAGCCAGUAUUCUACCCCAAACCUCCUAAAACCUUCGCUCCUAACACUUCUUUAAAUCCAUGGGAUUCUAUUAACUCUGAAAAAGAGGCCAACAUACAAAGAAAUAUUGAGCGGUCCCACUGGGUCAAUUCAUACAAUCGUGAUUUCACAGGUCUGGGGCCCAUGAACCCCCUUGAACUGGAUGAUUACGAUGAAAAGGCAAUGGCAGAGUUAACUGGACAGACAGGAUUUGACCCAGAACCUUCAGAAAAAUUCCAUCCUGCCCUGAAACCCCCCCGACCCUUGGAUGGACGAGUAGCUCGACUGAUUCAGAACCAACGUCCUCUGGAGCCUGCUGUUCAGCAAAAACCACCUGCCUGCCCUGAUUGUACCCCUAGAGUUUUGUGUAAUUUUCAUACCUUCAUACCCGGUUCUUCAGAAAUAAUGGCACUCCGUGAUAACACACUAGCAGGGAUGAUCCAUAAAUACAAGGAAAUUGAAGACAAGAUUAAGGAAGAACAACGUUUGUUAUCUACCUUUGCAUACCCACCUUGUUACCCAACGAAAGAUGUGACUAACAUUCAUGACACACCACCAUUUCCAAAAAUUACAGACACUAAAAAGACAGAAGAUUUGUACCGGAGACAGCUGCCAUUAAAACCGCAACCUCAACCUGUACCUUGCUGCCACCCCAACCACUACAUUGAAUAUGAACAUUUUAAAUCUGCCUUAUUUGACCGGUAUGCUAUUUGUCAAAACCCUGUUAACUUUAGUACGCCUAGUAUUGUACAAAAUAAACCAGACUCAGAAGCUGUUGAUCUAAAUUGUUUUUUAAGGAAGCCAGAAGAACAGUUGACCUUCAACACAGAAAACGAUGAAGAAACAAAAUCUCUUCUGGGUUGGAUGCCUAAAGUUGGAGCGCCCAAGACUCCGACCAACUUGCUUGAGCUUAAGAACUCUUUUUCAAAAUCCAGUGCACAAAAACGUUUCCAUAAAUCACUUCUAGAAGACCAUAAAGACCUUAGGGAUAAGGUGCAUUCAGGGAGGAAACACCAAUUCUAUGACCAUAAUUCCUAUUAUUUCUACAAUUGA